GCCCAUGACAAUGUCAAAUUUCCUUUCAUCAGCUGAUUGGUGGUAAAUGCAAAGUAUUUCCUCCAAGGCGUGAGUGAAUUUACAGAGGCUUCAUAAAAAGUAAGCUUCAGGAGAAUAAGCAAGGAUAUCCCAGCGCUUAUAGUUCUCAUCAUCCUCCAGUACGUAUUUCAUGUGUAUUAGUACAGUACAUUACUGUUGUCGUAGGAAUGUUUCAUAUAACAGUACUCGGCUAAAGGAACAUCAUAUUUUAUUCCUAAAGGGCAUUGUAAAUAUAGUCGGAAGGAGGGCCCGCAAAGACAACUGGAAGGAGAUGAGAAAUGGAAAGAGAGAAAGGAGAGGCUGGAUCCUGCCUUCUGCUCUUCCCCCCAACUCUUUCCCCGUCCUUUCUUUCUUCCCCCUCUUAACUUUUAUCUAACAUCCGUACUGUUCAUUGGCAGUGAGUGCAACUCGGUGGCUGUCAUUGUAUUCACAUGAGCGUACUGUAUGCAGUUAUGUCAUGUUACACACCUGUUAUGUAUCUUCCUUGGCGUCGCCAAUUGGUUGAACGCCGAUUGACGUUAAAAGCACCGAAAGACUGAUUUGAUAUUGAAUUUGAUGUUAUUGUAAUUAUACAGGGUGACGGGAGUGACGGUAUUUCCCGCAUAGAAGUCAACUGCGUUGUUGUUUUUUCUGGACCGCUUGAUUAUGGAGCGACAGAUUCAUCGGCAUGAGUCGUUCUCUCACAUCUGCCCACCCCCCCAUCCCCUACCCCCUUGUGUUUUUGCCUCUAGCGCCACAAAUCAUCAUUCUUCAUCAAUUUCUUCCUGUGUUCGACGAGUGCUGGCUAAAAUAGAACAGAAGCGCCCAAUGGACAGAUGAUAUUUCAAAGGGCGCUAAGUUCGACUCUCUUGUGUAUCUCACUCCAAGCCCCUUAAUUAAAUACCCUUCAAGCCUUUAAAGUCCUUGCCGAAUGGCAGCGUAGCACUUUUAUUUAUUUCUACACCCCCUGCAAAGUAGUAAGUAGCGCCUCCACUUCAGAGCUGACACUGGAGUCAGAUACUCUGUUCAUUGGGAGUCUGUGGGGACUCUUUGGUUUCAUUGCGAUUGAUGUUUUCGUUUCAAUUUCUUCCAAACGGCACUGGGGAAGACGCAGCGGCAGCCCAAUGUCUUACCGCUUCUGUGCACACCAAAAAUGAAACAUUGAUUUCACUUGACAUUUUCUUGUCUCACAGUGUCGCUUCAAUAUUUGAGUGUAGAAACUAACCAUGACAAUGUUUCCUUGUGUUCUCAUGAGAGAUGGGGAGAACGAUCAUUUGAGCAAUAUAAUUAGGUGGGAUUGAUUGGUGAUUAAUCUUGAAGCCUUAUUGCGGUUGUGCUGUCUUUUUUUUAAGAUAAGUUUUAGAUUUCUUCUGUUCAAACAACACCGCUUUUCCCAUCAGUAUAACCCAAUAUAACCCAAACUAGUUCUGUCAAAUGCCUCUCCAUAGCCCAACCAACAAAAUGUGGAACCGGUUUCCAUAUAUAAAACAUAUUAAUUAAUUUUUCAUUUUUGGCAUUCAAGUGUUUUUUUUUUUUGUUUGUUUUUUUGUUGGGGGUUUUUUUCCACCCAUUCCCGAGUGCAAAUGCAAACACUGACAUUUACAAAGACCACUGUAUGGUGAUUAUCUGAAAAUCAGUGCUGAGACGGCAUUUGAGAAAUGAUGAGCAUUUAAUUGAACUGCCGGUGUUUGCAGCUGCACUUUUUUUGUUGUGUUUUUACGUUGGACAGACAAACGGAUAGUAUAGAUGCAGUUAAGAUCUGGGAUGGGACAAACAUUGGUCAAAAUGUGUUACUACCGGAAAUAGAUGACCGUAAUCCCUUUUUUUUUUAUCAUGAACAUGUUGAGUAGCAUCCAUUUCUGAUUGUCAAUGUCUUCAUAUAUGUUGGAGUCUUCGAUCCAAAACUUGUUUUGCCCUGCUGUUAGAAGUAAUCCCGAUCGCAAUUUUAAGUGGUGUGCGGUCAAGGCAACGAGCACGGCAGCCUCCUCCUUGAUUUCUCUGAGAUCUUAAUUUAUUAUAUGGUCUUAAAACUUGUUUUGAAGUUUAUCGUUUACAUCGGCGUCCCUCAGAAGCUCAUUUUUUCAAGACUCAAUCGGUCUGUUGUGAAAUGUUAUGUUUGCGGUUUCCAUUAUACAAAGACUACUUUUUUUUUAAAUUUUAUUUUAACAGUCCUUUUUGUUUUGCCAUAGUGCAUAAUUCUUUUUUUAUGUUGCAUCCACCAGUUUGGAUCAGCAGCACACUUUCUUUUAAUUACUGAUAAAGUGGUCGAAACCACUGGCCUUCUCUCCGGUCGGAUUGUUGCCAUGGUGACAAAUAACAAGAACGGGGUGCAGAUGUCUUUCUGCAUAGUAUUAUUGGCUGUACAAAAAGCUAAGUUUGUAUUUAUUGUGUACAAAUGUUAAUUAAUAAAAUAAUAUUGGAAAAACAGCGUUUGCCGUCAACUUAUUGUCCAUCCAUGUUUGCCUUCCCCGCUGUGGAGAUGCGUGUGCACCACCUGUCCUGGAAAUGUACACUCCAAUUGUGUGUCAUGAACAAACGCGUUGCCUCUUAUGUACCAAGCACAAGAAGUGGGUGUGAUCGGAGUCUCUCGCACUAUAUACAACCAAAGUGCGGAAUUUCCUGAAUCAGAGUGCAGAUGGAAGGAAGGAGAGAACCACCGGCCUACUGAGACAAGUCAGACAAUGAGAGCAUUCAGCUCCUUUGGAGUUAACAUUUAGAACAAUACAUGGACCAAGCUGCUUCCAACCGUCGCUUCGGUUCGUCCUGUGUCAAACUUUAUCUGUGCUCCAACCCCGCAGACAGCGUGGUGGAGCGCAGAGCCCUGAGAGAUGUCGUGUUCCCCAAACUCCGAGAGCAUUGCAGACGCGAGCUGGGAGUGGACUUUAGGGUGAUUGACCCACAUGAGUCCAUUCAUCCCAGCCACUGGCCAGAUGAGAACACCAGAAAGGAGUUGAUAAAAGACUGCAGAGAAACCUCUGCUGGACCCUUUUUACUGGCUUUGAUCGGACAUGAGUACGGCAGGGCCAGUCUUCCUGCCCAGGUGGAGGUGUCACACUUUCACAUGCUGCUGCAGCAGAUCCAACAAGCUGGCCUCAGCACUCGACCCCUGGAGAGAGUCUACCACAGAGACGAGAACACUAUUCCGCUGUCGUUCUGCUUGAGACCCUCGCGCCUGCCUCAGGAGGAGAAUCACAGACAGGACUUGGUGACGGUGUUUGAGACUGCUGUGAGUAUGUGCGUGCACAAGAAGCUUCUGACUGAAGGGGAAGGCCUCGGUUUAAACAGAUCAGUCCUUGAUGGCGAUCUCCGCUUUGCCCUGGUCAACUGUCCUCGUGAUGACGUCGUCAGACGCUGUCUUGUUUACGUUCGCAAGGUCACUAAUCUCAAGGUGGAACAAGAGGCGAGAGGGAUGGACUCCUUUCAAUUUAACACGCAGUCGGAGGAAGAGGGCACUUUUCCCAUCUCUAACCGAGUAAAAGCAUCACCCAGAGAGAAUGAUUUACUCUCCGAUCUGAUUGACAACUUCUUGAGAGGCCUGAUCGACUCGUACCAGCUUGAGGCUUACAUCACCACGGUCGAGUGUGACCCUCGCCAUGGUUACACCGCGGCCCGCAGGCGGGUGUAUGCGGAGUUGCUCUGCCAUCGGGUGUAUUCUGACCUCGUGAGGUUGACCGACAACAUUGCAGAGGAUGGAGAAUCUGGAUUCUGUGACUUCAGUGAUGCUUUGGCGCGUGAGCAAGUCGAACAAGAGGAACUGCGUGCCGUCCUGUCUCGAUUUUAUGUCAUCACGAGGCCAGAGAUGGAAGAGGUCCGAGCCUAUGUUCAGCAGAGUGACUACCAGCGUCCACUUUUGCUGACAGGAGGUCCGUGUGCCGGAAAAACAGUGCUGCUGGCUCACUGUGCUCAGCGGAUGAAAUUCUGGCUGCAGGACGCCGAUCCCGCUGUGAUCACCUUUUUCGCCGACUUGCCACACUUCCCUACCCCCGAACGCUUGCUGUCCAGCUUGUGUUAUCAAAUCUUCAGGAGUUAUGGCCGCUCUUCAUCUUCCCAGGGCACCUGCUUCGGCUGUUACCGGGGUGCCACUGAGCCUCGAGACGAUGACUCUGACGUCACUCAGCUAAACCUGAGGGCUGUGUUUAGGGCCAUCAAAAAACCCGACAUCAGUUUACAUGAAGUGGCAGAAUGUCUCAGCUCCCUUCUCUCCAUGCUGCCGUGUUCCCAAAAACCUUUAGUUCUGAUCCUGGAUGGGGUGCACCAGAUGGGGCAUAACUUUGCUGCGCAAAUCAUCGAAAGCCUUCCCUCACCUCUUCCUCCCGGAGUCAAAAUGAUCCUCGGGGUCUCCGACAAGCAAACUCGCCUCGCGCGGGUCAUUAAACUCCAUUACCCAGAGUGCAGUGCACCAGGCUUUGUUUCAGACGGGGGUAAAAAGGAUUUGGGGUGUCUGCACGUUGCGCUGGGCUCUGCAGACAGGAAACAAUGUCUGAAGGUGCUAAUGUCACUGCUAAGCAAUUCGGGGAGGAGAGUGACUUCUGGACAACUGCCACUGGUGACCCGAGCGCUGACUUCCUGUUCUCUCCCUCUCUACGUCCGCCUACUACAUGCUCACACCUCACUCUGGUCCUCAGAUUCAGAAGUGUCCGAGUCGCAGCUUCCCGCCGGCGUCCAUUCGUCGAUUGCGGUCUGGCUGGAUCACUUGGAGCACAAAUAUUCCUCCUCUGUGGUGGCCCGUGCUGUCUCUUACCUCACCCUCUCCAGAGUAGGGCUCACAGAGUCAGAACUUGCCGAUCUCUUAUCCAAAGCCCACUCCGAUCAGGUCGCCCAAGUGGAUGCUGAGAGACUGCUUCUCGACCUGAAGAGCUUUCUCACCACGACGACUAUAAUAGGUUGUCAAGUUUUGCUGUGGAUGAGCAGACAUUUUGGCCUAGUCGUGGAGAAAACGUAUUUAGACACAUGUGAGGCCAGGAGGAAAAUUCAUUCGGAGUUGGCCGAUUAUUUCCUGAGCCGAUGGAAUACAUGUCUUGAAAAGUCGAGCCUAAAUGAAGGCGGCGCGCGAGCGAGAGAAUACGUAGAUGAGCAGCCGUCACUCAGAGAGGCUGUCCAUGCGAGAGAAGCUGUGGAAUUGAUGCAUCACAUCCGAGAAAGCAAUAAUUGGGAGCUCAGAUGGGAGGUGUUGACAUCAUGGAGGUUCCAUCGUGUUUUAGUGAAGGCUGGCCUCCUGAAGCAUCUGGUGGCCAUGUUGAGGCAGGAAGAGGGAUCUCGGGACCAUUUUAGGGAAUGCGCACUCCUGGCGAGCACAUUGGCGUCUUCAUCCUGUUUCUUGCAGAGCUCCCCUUUGGAGCUGCCGACGUUGAUGGAGGCGAGCCUCCUGCCGUACGUGGGGCUCUUUCCCGCGCUCGCGGCUUAUGUCGGCGAGAUCAGAUGCGAGAGAAGGACGAGAGGCUGCGGAUUGGCGGUUGCGCUUCCUCCCGCUCCCGAUACCGUCGCCUUACUUCGGCACCUCAAAUGUGAGAGCGGACCAAAACGGCUCACCGCGGCCGCUGCAGCGACACAGUGUGGGACAAUCGCAAAGGUCGUGUGCGAUGGCUCGGCAUGGAUGUGGAACGGCUCGAGCUUUGCUGCCGUGCGACUAUCGGCGAGCUCUGAGCAGGGUGAGCUCAAGUUUGCAGGAGUGAAAAGCAGCCGCCGGUUCAUGUUGUUUUCGACCCUAUGCAACAAACUUUUUUUGUGGGACGCUACGGCUCCAGAAAUCCUUACGGAGGUCAAAGCCUCACGCACACUGAACAUGUUAGCGGGCUUCGUCACAUCCGAAAGACGGCUAUGUGCGUGGUGGAAGCAGGACAGCCUAGUGGGACUGUUUGACGCCUCCGACACAACCGUGAAAGAUUUGCGCUGUCCGAGCUGCGUAACCUGUGCGGUUUUCUGCUCUGAUGGCGCCCGCGUUUUUUGUGGCCAAGAGGAAGGCACCGUGUCGAUAUUCGACGUGGUCCAGUGCAAUCUCCUUCGCUCCUGUUCCAACUCAAGCCACCGUGCAAUUGUGUCGAUAAUCCUCUGUGAGGACAAACAGGAAAUGGCGUGUGUCGAAAGUUCGGGAGAUGUGAAAUUAUGGAAUGUUCCCUCCGAAACGCCAACACUGGUUAAAGAAUCCUUCGCAGGGAGCAAGUUCAACAACAUGCUUAAUAUUGAUUACUCUGAUGAAUUCGACAGUUUAUUGGUAUGUCAUGGUAACCAGGUCGCAGUGUGGGAUACGUGCGAGUGGGAGAAGUGUGACCGCUUCUUGGCUCCGCGGGGUCAAGCUUUCGUUCAAGCAAUAUUCUCCAAGGGUGGACACCAUUUUCUGGCUUUCCUGGAGGCCCGUCCCCUGGUGUUGGUGUGGAGGGUUAACACGGGGCAGUGUGUUCUCUCCUUAGAGGUCCACACGUUACCUCACACCCUCCUCAAAACCACCUCAGACAUCGUGUGCGUCACUGACAACGGCUGUCUUCUUGCGUGGGAUUCCAAAAUGGUUUUCCUUGCUGGUGAAACUCCCAAAAUGGAAUGCGGGGUCAAAAAUGUGGCGGUGGACCAAACAGGAAGAUGCUUCUACACUUCAGACGGGACACGUACAGUGUGGAGUUGGAGCUUAGAGACGGGUCUUCCGCAUGCUCACUUCCUGCACGGUCAUCCUGUGAAAAAGAUACGUCUUAGUCGGGAUGACGUGACGCUUGUGACACUCUCAGCUGAAGAUAUUUACAUUUGGCAUCCGGAAACUGGGCAGAAUAUCCUACGGAUAGGUGGGGGCGGAGCUACAGAUGUUCUUAUUACACCCAACUGUCACUUUGGCGUUAGUAUUUGUGAGCUAGGACUCUCUAAGGUUUGGAGAAUGGCACAUGGGGGUGUCGUAUGCGGGAUUCACCUGCACCUUUCGAGUGCACAGGUGUCCGCCGAGAGCACCUUUCUCAUUGGCCUGCAUGGUGGAAACCUGCUGGCUGCCAGUUUGUGGUCAGGCACAAUCAGCAAAAGCUUCCGUCGAGUUGAAAGCUCAGAAGAUGUCGUUGCUUUCGGCACACUUUCUCAGCAUGCCGAUUUUGUGGUCGUGGUGGUCGCCUCGGGGGCAAUCUACACAUGGAAAAUGUCCGAUGAAACGGUGUGCAGGCACUUUCAACUGCCGCCGACAUUUUACUGUCAGCCGGAAAACUUUCGCGUGACGUCAGAUGGGAGCUUUGCAUUGUUGUCCAUCGAUAAUGAAGCUAUCAACCUCUUGGACGUGUCUCAGGUCAGACUUUGCUCUCUUAAAGCUGACGGUUCUGUCAUGAAAGCCUGCUUGGAUGAAACGGGACGUUACGUCGCUUACAUAUCACAGCGUAGAAGCCGAUGUGGUGCUUGUUCCCAGCACACACGUGCCAUUCUCACUGUUGUGCAACUCUCUGACGGAGAAAAAGUAGGCAGGGUGUUUCUGCGUAAGGAUCCGUUGACGCUGCUCAUGCAUGGACAGCAAAGUGCGUUUGUGGGUUUUCAGGAUGGGUCAGUAGGGGUGUAUUGUAUUUCAGGUCCCUUGACAGGUGAGGAAGAUGCACUCGGAUGCAGCAAAAAAUCGGGGAGUAAGUUGAAAGGCUGCUGUUGCAGUGCAGGGCCACUGAGAUGGUUCCCCUGCGUAAGGAUCCGUUGA